AUGGCCGACUCAAACGAGGCCAGCUUCACGAGCCAGCGUGCUCGCCUGCUCAAUCGGGUCAACGCGAACGCCAGAGCCGUCAUGGAAGGACUGUGGGACAACAUCAAGAAGCCGUAUAAGCCAACCAGUCCUCCUGCUCGACCAGAUGACGAAGAAUGGAAGACUUUGGUGAGCCUGCAGGACAAAUUCGUCCGUUGGGUUGCCGAACGCCGUGCGUGCAAGACGCGCGAAGCAAAAGAAGAGCUGAGCUACAAGAUCAUCAUGGAAUGUCGCGAGGACUUUCCAAAGAUCGCGUCCAGAGAGUUUGAAGAGCCCGAUCUGCCCGAUUCGAUGAAGCCGCGUGAUCCUGCACCAACGCCUACUCCUGAGCCAGAAGAGUCAGCCCAGCCGCAAGCUCCGACACUGCCAGUCGCAGACCCGUUCGUUGCAGCGCCAGCAAUCCGAGCCCCUGGCGCCCAAACAUCACGGCUCUCAAAUUCAGCUCAGCCAGGACAACUGAACCGAGCACAAUCGAGCCUCUUCCCGGCUACCCCGACUCCUCAAAACAACUCCCCAGCCCGCGCCCAUCGAUCUGGCCCGAUCAUCUUAGACGACGACGAAGAAGAUGGUAUCAAGCGAGAGCGGGACGACGACUACGAUCCCACCCUGUCUCCCCCACCUCCAUCGGACGCUGGGCCGACCCCAGGACCGACUGUCGGGCCAAAGGACGCUUCCAAGCCGAAGCGAAAGCGCCAGCGGAUCGAAGAUUUUGCCAUGCUAGUCAGAUCUGAGGAUCCGGCGGACCUGAGAUAUUUGAGGAAACGCAUCGUCAACAAGCAUGAGGCGCAGCUCAUGCAGAUCGAUCAUCAGCUGGAGAAGCUGGGUGCGAGGGUUGAAGGCGGAAACGAGGGAGGUGGUGCUUGA